AUGGCGGCUCCCUGGCUGGAGAAUCUAUCGGAGUCUCUUGGUUCUCCCGAGCCUGCCAUUCGUCUAAUAUUAUCCAUUUUAGUUGGAUAUCCCUUUGCGUUAAUCUACCGGAGUUUCUUGUUCCACCAGCCCGCCACCGUUAUCCACCUGUUCCACACCUUCUCCGGACUGGCCCUUGCCACGUUUAACUUUGGUUCCCAAAUCUAUCAUUCUGCAGUAUGCAUCCUUGUUCAGUUCCUGAUGCUGAGGCUCAUGGGCAGGACGGUAACGGCAAUACUGAGCAGCUUCAGCUUUCAAAUGUUCUACCUGCUGGCAGGCUACUACUACACGGCAACAGAGGAAUACGACAUCAAAUGGACGAUGCCUCACUGUGUCCUCACGCUCAAACUCAUUGGUUUGGCAUUUGAUUACUAUGACGGCGGAAAAGAACCAGCGCAGAUGAGCGCACAGGACAAAAGCGCCGCUCUACCGAGCGUCCCCUCACUACUGGAGGUGCUUGGUUUCUCCUACUUCUAUGGCGGCUUCCUGGUGGGCCCGCAGUUCACGUUGCGUAGUUACCAGAAGCUGGUGGCGAGGGAGCUUAGCGACCGCCCGGGAAACCCUCCAAACAGCAUGGUACCAGCUGCGAAGAGAUUCUCUUUGGGUUUUCUCUUUCUGGUCAUAUUUGCAAUAUUCAGUCCUCAUUAUCAAGAGAGCUACUACAUGACGGAUGAGUAUGAUGCUCAACCAUUCUGGUAUCGCUGCGUCUUCAUCAUGAUUUGGGCGAAAAUCAUAUUGUAUAAAUAUGUCUGCUGCUGGCUCAUAGCUGAGGGUGUGUGCAUCUUGACUGGGCUGGGUUACAACGGCAUAAAGGAUGGCAAACCCCAGUGGGACGCCUGCGCCAACAUGAAGGUGUGGCUCUUCGAGACCACGCCACUCUUCGGGGGAACCAUCGCAUCCUUUAACAUCAACACCAACGCAUGGGCAGCCAGGCAAGUGUUCAAGCGGCUGAAGUUCUUGGGCAACAAGACGCUCUCCCAUUUGUCCACUCUACUCUUCUUGAGCAUAUGGCACGGUCUUCACUCGGGUUACCUCAUGUGCUUUUCCAUGGAAUUCUUCAUCAUCACUGUAGAGCGAAAGUAUCAGGCGCUGGUGCGGGAUAGUCCAGUGUUGACCAGUUUGGUCAACGGGCCACUUUACCCGCUCCUCUACAUUCUCCAACAGUUCAUCCACUGGCUCUUCAUGGGCUACGCGCUGGUGCCCUUCUGCAUCUUCACCUACGACAAAUGGCUGAAGGUGUACUUCUCAGUGUACUUUUGCGGUCACGUCUUCUUCCUCGUAGCCUUUUUAAUCAUACCGUACCUGCGGAAGGCAAUGGUGCCGAAGAAGGAAGGCAGCUCGCACAAGCAGGAUUAA